GUCCGGGCCCGCUGGGAGCAGCCGCUUUGCCGGAGGGGGCGCUGCCCGCCGCCGGGUCGCUCCCGCUGCGUUUCGGUUCUAGGGAGCUUGGGGCCCCCCCCUCCCCCCGCACACCCACACCGGGCUCUGCGGCGUCCUCCCGCCGCUCCCCCUCCGCCUGCACUGAGACCCACCUCCCCCGCUGCUGCACGAUCCCCCGCUCGGCCUGGGGUGAGCCGCUCCGGCGGGGGGCGGGCGCCCAACAACAGCAAUCCCGAUUUCUAACCUCAGGCCUAAUUGCACCGAAAGACUAGCUUGACCUCGCUGUUUCGCUCCGCUGUGCCACGCGCUAAGGGUGUUGAAACGGCUCGGUCGCUGCUGGGAGAAGUCUUCCCGUCACCUGUGGAUUAACAGCAGCGACGGAAAACCCCCUUCCCCCAUACAGGAGGCAUCCGCACUACCGCGCUGUAGGGGCACAGCUUUGCCAUUGUAGUGUAGAGGUGCCCUAUGUGCCUAGUAAUAAGGAAGGAGAGGGAAGAAGUACAGGAUUUGGGGUGGGCAUCAGCACUCUGUAAUCCCUUUAUUGGGAUGUGUUUCAUACCUCUUGUUUUGCACGUGUGAACAAGCUAUUCAGCAAUGAAGAAGUUAAAUUUCAUUUAUUGGCCUAUACUGUCAAUGAAAGAUGUCAAGAAAGAGAACCAUGUGCAACCGCUUGUAUAAUGGUAGAACACCUUCCUCUGUACACCUUGGGUGACCAGAUGUUCCGAUUUUUGGAUCUUUUUCUUAUAUAGGCUCUUAUUACCCCCAACCCCCAUCCUGAUUUUUCACACUUGCUGUCUGAUCCCCUAUGUAUAUCACAAAGUAUUCAGUGUGUGUCCAGUACAAAGGCUAAGAGAAAUCAACCUGUUAAGAGCUUUAUCACAAAGUUUACCUUUUACAGAAGGAAAUCUGCACAUCCUGUAAAAUUUGCUACCUAACAUAACACAACAAGUCAAACUGCUAAUUAUAACCCCUUGGCAUAUAAAAAAUAUAGCUUUCCGUCAAACAAUCAUUUGACUGAAUUGUUUAAUCAUUUUGUAAUUAUUAUUUGUGCUGUGAUAGCACCCAAAAUGUGCUAGGUGUUUUUACAGAGAGAGUCUCUUCCUUGAAGAGCUGAAGAAGCCAGACACUGAUAAAAGAGUUUUAAUGAAACGGGAAGAUUUUGAUCAUCUAGUCUGGCACAACACAGGCCAUAGAAUUAUACCAAGUAAUUCCUGCUUCAAGUCCAGGAUUCAUUAAAAUUUUUUAAAUGAACUCAACAUCUGAACUAGCGUGGUGGCUUUUUGUAGCUGGUGAGCUUUUCCAUUAAAAUAAUCAAGGGCAGAAUUGGAAAAGACAUAUUACAUUACUUUUUCUAUUCUGCCAAUUCCCUGCACCAUUUUCUAGUGCUUUAGGCAAUCUAGUUUUUAAAGGGACUUUCACUUCCCUUAGGGUAUAUCUACAAUACAAACCUGCGGUGGUGCAUGUCCACACUACUCUCCUUGUGUUGGUGGUGUGCGUCCUCACCAGGAGAGUUUCCACUGACCUCAGAGGGGCAGUGUGGGGAGCUGAGAGCCUGGGCUUCCGGUGGGCUUCCCCCCCUUCUUCCUGUUCCCCACCAGGAGCAGGUGGAAGCAGCUAUGGCCUCUGACCACUAGGGAAUGGGUGGGCAGGAGGGGGCACUCAGGCUUCUCGCCCCAGUACCCAGCCAGGAGUGGAAUCUGAAGUUACCCCAGCUCCCUGCCUGGAGCAGGGUCCAAAGCUGCCCCUGGUUGUUUCUUGUCAAUUUCAUGGCUCCUGCAGUGAAAUUGACAAGACAGCAGAUGUAAAGGCGCAGUAUCUACACCAACAUAAGCCUUAAGCCUCUCGGGGAGGGUGGAGUUAUGAUAUCAAUGUAGUAGUGCAUUUGUAUUGGUGGGAGGAAGGCUGUAGUGUAGACACUGAUAUAAUAGGUCAUCAUAAACUUCCUUAUGUCGACCUAACUGUGUAGUGUAGUCUAGCGGUUCUCAAACUUCAUUGCACUGCGACCCCCUUUUGACAACAAAAAUUACUACGUGACCCUGGGGGGGGAGGAGCUGAAACCUAAGCCAAAGCUCCGGCUUCAGCCCCAGGUGAGAGGCUCAGGCUUUGGCUUCAACCCCAGGCCCUUGCAAGUCUAACGUUAGUCCUGGCGACCCCAUUAAAAUGGGGUCUUGACCCACAGUUUGAGAACCAUUGCCUUAGACUAUUUCAGUGAAUUUCACUGUAAUAUCUUAGACACAAGAGAGAAUGGGCACUUUGUUUGUUUAAUCUGCUAAAGAUCUGAUUCUGUGCCUUUUCAGUGAUGGGAGCUUGAGACUUAAUGUAAGGGGAAAAGAUGCAUUGAAGGAUAUUAUCUUUUUAAAUAAGGAGCAACUUGUAUAUUAAAGUGUAUAAACUACUAAAAUUUAAUUCUGUGCACAGAAGAAGCAAGUGACAAUACAGCUGUGCUUUGCACAUUAGGGAGGAUACAUAUCAAAUUUCAGUCAGCUGCACAUACAGGUUAUGCAGGAAGACAUGCCAUAAUUAUAUACCAAGGAAAGCGAAAUAAAUAAAUUAAAAAAGAAUAUACAGCUAACAAUCUUAUGUCUUUGAAAACAACUUUUGAUGUUUUGAUGUGCUUAGGACAUGUGACUAAUGAAAUUUGUUAUAUAUAACAACUAAAUUAGACAUACUCAGCCUGUUUUGACAAUUUCUUUCUUUUGCAGAAGUCCAGGAAAGGGGAACGUACGAAAUCAAAAUCUCUCAUCCAUCCAAAGGAGCAGAAAUGAGGCCCUUUUCUAGAAGGGGCCAAGUCCAAAAUAACUCAUUGCCUUAUCAAUGAUGUGUGUAAUGAAGGUAUGAUCUGUAGGUCUGAAAAUUGAUCUUUGUAUGAGAAGAAGAGUGACAGAUCGGUCCUUAUACCAGUCCAAUAACAGAGAAAGUAAUGGGCCCCAUCAUGACCGCUGCUGUGUCUACAGUGAAAGCAACUUGGUAGAUGGAGUUUACUGCCUGCCAAUAGGACACUGGAUCGAAGUCUCUGGACACACUGAUGAGAUGAAGCACACAACUGACUUCUAUUUUAGUAUUGCAGGCCAUCAAGCCAUUCACUAUUCCAGGAUUCUGCCAAACAUCUGGCUGGGAAGUUGCCCUCGGCAAGUGGAGCAUGUAACCAUCAAGCUAAAACACGAACUGGGUGUUACAGCUGUAAUGAACUUCCAGACUGAGUGGGAUGUUGUUCAGAAUUCCUGGGGCUGCAACCGCUAUCCAGAACCCAUGAGCCCAGAGGUCCUUAUGAAACUAUAUAAAGAGGAAGGUCUUGCUUAUGUCUGGAUGCCAACCCCAGACAUGAGCACAGAAGGAAGAAUACAGAUGUUGCCUCAGGCUGUCUGUCUCCUGCAUGGGCUGCUAGAGAAUGGACACAUCGUCUACGUACAUUGCAAUGCUGGUGUUGGCAGGUCUACAGCCGCAGUCUGUGGUUGGUUAAAGUAUGUGAUGGGAUGGAACCUAAGGAAAGUGCAGUACUUCGUGGCCUCCAGGAGACCUGCAGUCUACAUAGAUGAGGAAGCUCUGGCUCGUGCUGAAGAUGAUUUCUAUCAGAAAUUUGGCCCUCUUCGCUACUCAUGCAAACCUUAGUGGUAGGAAAGCUGAUUGGAGGAGGGGAGAGAUUCCUUGCAGUGUUGCCAACCCCAAGCAUUCAAAAUUCAUAGUCAGACCACCCAAAUUCAUAUGUGUGAGUGAGAGAGUGUGUGAAAAAUCAUGAGAUUUAAAAACAAUAAUUAGUUUAGUCUCUUUUUAUUUGCCUUCUGUUUUUUAGCCUUUGGGGUCCUUGUUUUCAAACUUUUCUCUGCAACCAGGUGGGUUAGGAACUUACUUUGCAAAACAAAAGCUGAGAUUCUCAUGUGCUCAUGUGACUCCAGGAGCUGGGACAAAUAUCACAAGAUACAACCAUGUGAGAUGGCAAGACUGUGGUAGGAAGAAGGUGGAGCAAUGCGGAAGGGUUAUGUAAAGAAAUAAAAGUCAGCGGUGUAGGGGUUUUGUUUUUUUCUGGCUUGGGUAGUCAGGGUUGUUUGGCCAUUUCAGGUAGAGCCUACUGUUUUGCUGUGUUUAUAAAGAUGUUUCUAAUGAAAUGGUCUGACUGAGAAAAAGAAGAAGGAAAUUGAUUUAUGCAGUUGUGUUUCUAUAACAAAUAGCAAGCUCAAUUCAGUUCAUUAGGCAAGAGCUGCCCUUUCUCUCUUGUUUAGGUUUAUAGUUAAUGUGGUUUAGUAAAAUGUACUGCUGUACUUCGUUAUGGUGCUUAGGGUAUUGUAGAUGCUGUGCAGAAAGGUGGGGAAAAGUUCCACUUAUGCAUAUUUAAUCUACUGCAAGGCAGAUCUCCAGGUUUAUUAGAUUAUCCUAGAUUGUAAGAUUUCUGGGGCAGGGACUGUUUUUGUUUUCCUCGUCUGUACAGUGCCUAACACAGAGCCACGAUCCUUGAUUAGGGCCUCUUGGUGCUACCACAAGAUACAUAACAAUAAAGAAAAUGGAGUUAAAGCAGAAGAUAUGGGAGGUGGCCUGGUGAGCCUUAUAUGCAGGCUGUGCUGCCUAAUUUAGAGUCCGAGGUGCAGUGUCCAUCUCAUUCCCCUACUUGGUGUUGCCUGGAAGUUCUGCAAUAGCAGCCGUCUCUUGCUCCUGUGGAAGACAAGUGCUUCCACUGCUGCUCAGACGUCGCUGUCCCAUUAGCUAAACUAGGAAGGGCAUCACUAGCCUCCAGAGUCCAAACAAGCCCCACUCAGCCAAAAAUAGGUGCUGCAACUCAUGACCUCGAGGGGAGGAAGUGGAGAAAUUCCUCUGCUGAGGGUCUGAUUGGGUGGGAGAGUUGCUUGUUAAGGAUACAAAAAUUAAAAAGCUAAUUUCUAGAGGCAGGUGGCUGAACUAAAUCCCUUUUCCAGUUAUUUUUAGAAAAAUGAUUUGUCUAUAUAGAGAUUUAUUCCAUGAUAAAGAGGUGUUAAGAGACAUAUGAUCUUAAUUAUAAGAAAAUCCUACUACUGGAGACUUGUUAGCGAUCUCCCUGUUACAAUAUGCUGGGCACUGUUCAUGGAGAAUGUCCAUCAUAAUAUAUUUUGCUUUAUCUUUGACCCCUUAGAUGCCCUCUGAUGUGAAGAAGCUUCUGGAAGUUAUUUUAAAUGUAUGUAUUUGAUCAUCACUUUAUUUCUGAUUUCUGUUUUGAAAUAAUGUAUGUCACCAGUUAGAAACUGGAUGAAACUAUAGCCCAAUGUUAAAUAAAAG